AUAAGUAUAAGGCGAUCUCCCCUGGUGGGGCACAAUCCAAACCAACUGCGAUGCUAAACAGCUCCCUCCUGGACCAGGCGAGGCAGAGCAGCCAGGAAAUCGGCGCUGUACACAGCUCACACUAAGCCCAGCCUGCAGCCACUUCCUGCUGAUCCAUCCCACACUCACAGAGGGAGACAUUGUUGCAGAGUCCCAGGAACUGAUACAUGUGAAGGACUUCUCAGCAUCUCCACUCCAGUCUCAGCUUCGCUCACAGCUCAUCGCACGGCAGCAGCUCCUCACUGCCCAGACACCAUGACUGCGGAGAUCCAGCAGCCCCCCUCUCAGACCCCUGCCCAGAGCAGCCCCAUGUCUGCACCCCCUGAGAAGCACAGUGUGCAGACCUCGGUCAUGGAGUCAGCCUCCUGCAAUACAAAGACCAAGAAGACCAACGCUGGGAUCAGGAGGCCAGAAAAGCCUCCAUACUCCUACAUAGCCCUGAUAGUGAUGGCCAUACAGAGCUCCCCCACCAAGAGGCUGACACUCAGCGAGAUCUACCAGUUCCUGCAAAGUCGCUUCCCUUUCUUCAGGGGGUCCUACCAAGGAUGGAAAAACUCAGUCAGGCACAACUUGUCCCUUAAUGAGUGUUUCAUCAAGCUCCCCAAGGGACUGGGCAGACCUGGCAAGGGCCAUUACUGGACCAUUGACCCAGCCAGCGAGUUCAUGUUUGAAGAAGGUUCCUUCAGAAGAAGACCCAGGGGCUUCAGGAGGAAAUGUCAAGCGCUGAAGCCCAUGUACAGCAUGAUGAACGGUCUGGGCUUCAACCACAUACCAGAUACCUAUAGCUUCCAGGGCUCUGGUGGGUCCAUCUCCUGCCCACCCAACGGCCUGUCACUGGACGGUGGCAUAGGGAUGAUGAAUGGGCAUCUGCCGAGUAACGUGGACGGAAUGGGCUUAACUGCACACUCCGUGUCGCAUCUUGCGACCAACGGUGGCCACUCGUACAUGGGGAGCUGUACGGGAUCUUCUGGGGGAGAUUAUCCCCACCACGAUGCUGCCUCUCCUCUCCUAGGAGGAAGUGGGGUGAUGGAGCCCCAUUCUGUGUACUCCAACCCAGCCUCAGCCUGGGCUCCUUCAGCUUCUGCCCCUUACAUCAAGCAACAGCCCCUAUCACCCUGCAAUUCUGCAGGCAACACCCUGUCCUCCAGCCUCUCAUCCCACACCCUGGACCAAUCUUACCUGCAUCAGAACAGCCACAACACGGCAGACCUGCAAGGUAUCCCCAGGUAUCACUCCCAAUCUCCCAGUAUGAAUGACAGAAAGGAGUUUGUCUUCUCCUUUAACGCCAUGGCUUCAUCGUCAAUGCAUGCAGGGAGCGGAUCCUAUUACCACCAGCAAGUUAGUUAUCAAGAUAUCAAGCCCUGUGUCAUGUGAUCUGUAACAGGCCCAAACCCCAGGGCCCCUGGGGGACACCAGCUAGAGACUCAGUAUGUGGGCUCAACCGGUCACAUUAUAACAGAACUCCUGAGAUACCAGCUUUUUGACACUCUGGCAGCCAAAUGGUUAAAUCAGUUAACCUGUUCACUAAAGAGGUAUUCAUUUUAUUUUUGAAUUUUUUUUUAAAGUCAGUCAGAUUAAGUGACUUUGCUAGUUAACCCUUUGUGCACUAAAGGGCAAAAUAGAAGACUGUAAACAUAUUUCUGAAAUAAAACUUAAAAAAAAAAAAUAAUAUUAAUACAAUAAAUAAAAGUAUUCUGAAAUACAGAAUUGCAAUUUUUCUUCAUCCCUAAAUUUCUGGGCAACACAACAAGUCCCUAAUGGCACAGACUUCUCUGGUAAGGGUUAUAAAAACAACAUGUACCUUUAAUUUAAUAAACUCAAAAAUAUCGUUUGGCAAACAGAUUAAAUAUUAUUAAUUCUCUGUCUGCAAACAGUAUGCACAUGAUAAAUAUUAGUUUUAAAUGAACUAUUCAGUUAGGACCAUUAAUUAAUGAUUAUGAAUAUUUUUUUUUAAUUUGCCUCAUUAUGAACCCAUCAUUCACUACUUGUAGUGUGUUCCCCUUGGACAAUGGAUGUUCAGAUCAAUACUGCCAUUUGCAGAGUUGUCAUGGCACUUUUUAACACUCUGUUAAUUUAUUUAUCUUUUUUUUUUAUAAUUAUUACUAGAGAGACACCACCUUGCAUUAAAAAUUAUCAGUAUUAAAAUGGUGUUUUUUUUUGUUGGCAAUAUUUGCCUUGUGAAUCUUUUUCUCCUAUGUCACUGUAAAUGUGGAACAAAUUGAUGUUCUGUGUAAAGUCAAACUCUAUCAUGUUUUAUAUAAAUCUAUAUAUAAUGAAGGACUAUUUUCUUUCUUUCUUUGUAUUUAGGGUGAUGUGCCCAGCACAGACACCGAUUGUUAUUUUCUCUGCACUGUACAAAAAAUGUAUGAUUUUUUUUUUAAUGUUGUCUUGUGUACAUUUAACAAAACAAAAAC